AUGUGGACAGUACAGAACGAGAAAUUAAAGGCAGUGGUAAUUGGAAGAAGCGAAAUUAGGGUUCGUGGAAGAAAGAAAUUAGGGUUCGUGGAAGAAAGAAAUUUGGGUGCGAGGAAGAAUUUGGGGAUAACGAUUGAACAAAUUAGGGUUCGAGAAAGAAGCGAAAAUCAAUCAAUCAAUAUAUUAGGGUUCGCGGUCUCCUUCGGUGCGGCAAAGGUUCGUCGCUGUGUUCAUAGUGGGACGAAAUCGAAGGUUGGGAUGUGUGACGAUAGAUUUGAGGUGGUGGUCCACCAUGGGGGAUACUUUGAAAGGAAUGAAACUAGGUGGAGUUAUAGUAAUGGGUUAACGUCCAUGUUGGCGUGUGACCCAGAUAGGUGGAGCUAUUUUGAAAUAAUGGAAAUACUUAGGGAAAUGGGUUAUGUAAACAUUAAAGAUUUGUGGUAUAAUGUUAGUAGGUCAAAGGUAUUGGAGAACAACUUGAAACAUUUGACUGAUGACAUAGGUGCAAUGCAAAUGGUUAGAAUUGCUAGAAGUAAUGGGCAGGUUCAUAUGUAUGUUAAUCACUCAAUUUGUGAAGCUGAGGUUGUGGACAAUUUUUUGGAAUACUUCCCUGAAGAGGUGGUUGCAGAAAUAGGAACUACAAAUGUUGAGGUCCAGGCUGAGGUGGAUGGUCACAGUGGUUGUGGCGAUGGAGAUCACAUUAAUCCUGUGCAGGAUAAUAAUGUUGUUCAUGAAGCUGAAAUGCAACAGGAUAAAAACGUUUGUGAUAUGGAAUAUGAAUUGGAAGAUGACGCAGAUAGUCACCAUAACAUUAGGGUGGAGCCACAAACUGAAUUUGAGGAAACUGGAGGUGAUGUAGUAGGUGUAGGUAAGGAAACUGGAGCUGAUGCAGUAGUUGAAGGUCAUGAAACUGGAGCUGAUAGAGUAGGUGUAGGUAAGGAAACUGGAGUUGAUGCAGAAGUUGAAGGUGAUGAAGCUGGAGCUGAUGGAGUAGCUAUAGAUAAGGAAACUGGAGUUCGUGCAGAAGGUGAUGAAGCUGGAGCUGAUGGAGUAGUUGUAGAUAAGGAAACUGGAGCUGAUGCAGUAGGUGAAGGUGGUGAAACUGGAGCUGAGGCACAUGAGGCAGUAGGUGGGGAGGAAAGAAAUGAAGAUGAAACUGAUUCUGAUCUAGUUGAUGUAAGUGUCCAUUAUGAGGACAAUUUAUGGGAAGGAAAUGGGGAAGAAGAUAGUGAGGAUGAAGAUUUAGAAUUUGAUGGCAGUGACCAUGUUGAUAUGCGAGAUAGGGGGUUAUCUGAUGAUGGGUGGGAAUCAUAUGACAUGUACAGCGAGCACUGCACCUGCAGAAAGUGGAGUCUAAUAGGGAUACCUUGCUGUCAUGCAGUGGCUGCAAUUAAGUUUUUGAACUUAAGUGAAGAAGAUUUUGUCCCUCAUUGGUUCAGAAUCUCAACCUAUGAAGAGACCUACAAUUCCAUCAUAUACCCUUGUAACGAGCAGCAAAUGUGGACUGAAACAGAAUUUCCAGAUGUAUUGCCCCCUUCUAAACGAAUUCUACCUAGAAGACCCAAAAAGAAAAGAAGACUUGAAGCUUGGGAGAUGAACAAGAAUGGGAAGCAUAUUAUAAAACAUGGCAUGACUAAAAAAUGUAGCAUAUGCAAAUAA